UCUUGUAGUAGGAGGCGCUAUUACUGAUUUUUCUGUUUACAAUACAUAUAUAUUUUACCUUGAUGGCUUCUAAAUUCUUACAACACAGAAUCCAACCUGGCGUGACAGAAACCGGAUGAAACCGCCCUGCAUGGUAGGCUCAAAGCAUUCGUCGGCACUGGCCAAUUUUCUUUGCUUUUUGAUACCAUGUGCUAGCGUUUUUUUCUCUCCCUGUAUCUAUCAGUAUCUAUUUGCGUAGACUUUAGCCUAGAAAAGCUGAAAAAAUGAUAGCACACACAAGAACGUGCAGCUGCCUAAAAUACAAACGUUACCACGUUAAUCAGGCGCAGAAAAAUACCAUCGCCAAAGCCUGCUAUGGAGGCUUUCUUGCAGGGCCUUGAUGUUGUGAGGCGGUUCAGUCCGGUUCUGUGACAUCAUCGCCAGGGUUGACUGGAUGGAACCGGCGGGGGAAGCCGUUAGGGGGUGACGUAAUGCUGAACGAUGUACAUACAAAAGAUAAUAAUGCAGGUGCGGUAGAUACAAGGGCGUAGUAGGAAACCGGAUCCAGCCGGCUCGGUGGCUAAGCAUCGGCUAGAUUCUGCUGGGCCGCAAGGCUGGGCCGGGCUACUAGCACUGACCGUCUUUCGACAAGCACUGAGCGGCGAUAGAACUCUCAACAUCCGCCCGGUACUGAGCUCGAGGGUGCUACCUGCCUUUCGUGUUUUGAAGUAAGACGGCGAAGAGUCCCCGAAGCGUCAGAUCACCAGCACACCACACGUCGUUCUCUCAUACCACAAUACCUGUCAAUCACAGUGACGUCAUGGCCUACGUCAUCCACCCCAGGGAGGCUCGCCCCUACAGCUUCCUGCACCCUGCCAUGGGCGAGGCGAAGACACACCCCACGGUCACCGCCUUCCUGCAUCUCGACACAGAACAGAUCAUACACAGGUACCGCAAAGAACACAAAGAGGUCCAACCGGAAGCUCUAUGGAAAAUUCUGACGUACCGGCCUAAACACUUCCGCUGGGCCGGAGGGGACCUCUUUGCGGGUGUCGCCGCGACCGGGCAGCGCGAGAUGGUGGUUGUAGAGGUCAAUUCGGUCCCGACCGGACCGAAGUACAUGCCUCACGGCGGUACGGGUAUGGACAGCAGCUACCACAAGCUAAUGGGCGAGACGUUCCUCGAUACGGUCUCCAGUAAGUGCGACCCUUCUCUCCGCAACAUGCCCCUGGCGGUACUGCACGACAAGCAGAACACACAUCGCCAGCAAAUAGAGCCUAUCGCCUACGCCACGGCGCUGGCCGACAUCACAAAGGAGCCUGUGUACCUCGUGGAGACUUUCGUGGACCAGCCCAAAGAACACAGCAUCCGCUGGACGGACGGCAUCAUGGAGGUCAGAGACGUGGAGGACCGAUGGCACGCCGUCAGAGCUGCCUUACGUUACGUCACUCAGAAACCGUGGACGCGCAUCCCUCUCACCACCAAGACCGUCGUCUUUAACCACAUCGCCAGCGAUCUGUCCGGGGGAAGGAACAAGCUUCUUGCCGCCAUGGCGUAUGACGACUUCAACAAGCAGCAGGGAGGCACGGGACUUCACAUCCGGACGCCCCGUACGUUCCUGCGCGUGACCAAGGCCCAGAUACCGACUGCCGUCCAGGCACUAGGUGGGAAAGCCGUCAUCAAGGUUCCUUAUAGCAACUGUGGACAGGGUGUAUACACCGUGACGUCACAGAAGGAACUGGACAAGCUGAUGGCGCUGGACCUUAACUACGAGAAGUUCAUCGUCCAGGCCCUCGUCGGUCACAAGAACUGGUCCAGCUCCCAGUGGCACCACGCCUGCACCCUCCCGGACGAGGAGGGCAGGGAGUACGUCUUCGAUACGCGCUUGAUGGUCCAUUCGACCCCUGACGGUUUCCGGCCGCUCUGCAUCUUCAGUAGACGCGCCCACCUGCCACUACCAGACACCUUGGACGGGACCGAGGAUUCCUGGGAGUACCUCGGCACCAAUCUGUCGAUCAAGGACACCAUCGGCGCCUGGCAGUCGGACACGGAAAGGCUUCUGUCCGUGGACAACGAACCGUUCGAGGCGCUGGGGCUCAGUGUGGAAAAUUUGGUGGACGGCUUCGUUCAAACCGUCAUGGCGACCACCGCCAUCGACAAGAUGUGCUGCCGCCUCGUACGGCCGGACAACUCGUUCGACUUCGAAGAAUUCGCGGUACUGGCAGACGACAGGAAGAUCCUGGAAGAGAUCUACGAUUUGUCGGACACAUCUGAUGAAACAAGUGUCGUCAACUAGUAGCACCAGGGGAAAGCACGGAGAUUAUAUUUCCCAUAUUUAUUACGUUAUGAUAGGACCACAUUUACAAACUGGAGCCCGGCCGGGAUGUUUGCGGGAAGACGAAAAUUUAAAAAAAAAUGCAUAUCAAGAGAUAUACAAAAAUUAUGAUAGGAUCACAUUUGGAAAACUGCUCGGCCGGGUGGUUUGUGAGAACAGACAUUUUAAACAUGUAUAUCAAGAUAUAGAGAGGUAUGCAAAUUAUGACAAGGACCAAUUUCCUUUAGGUUUAGUGUGUUUUGUUGCCUUUUGUAUGAUACCUUACUUCAACAAACUGCCCGGGUCCCGGUUUGAAAAUUGAGCAGUAUCUUUCGGGGGCUCCACGCCAAUGGCAUGGUUCAACUGGCUAUCAAUGGCAAUAUUUCAUUAAUAUAAUCAUGAAAGACCUAUAGUCUGGCACUCAAGAAAGGUCUGAAAGAAGAAGAUGGACUAAAGAAUCGCGACCUGCUGGCCGCCAUGUUGGACAGAGAUGUCUGGGACAGUAUUAUUCGCGGCAACACGUACAUACGACGAUGAACCGAACUAAACUGAACUAAACUGAACUGAAUUGAGUCAUGAUAUUGUCCAUCGAAUGAUGGCAAAUUGUUUUUAAAGUUUUUUGAAAGUAUCGGUAAAUAAGUCAACAACGGGUAAAAUAAGGGCAACCCUAAUGUACCUUUCCGAAUGUGCAUAGCUAUAGUGAAUAAUAGACACAGUCCAUAGUACUCUAGUCCAGCUACACAUAGUACUCCAGUCCAGCUACCAUAACCUGCUUUUGCAUCUCAAGAAUGUGUUUAUAUGGCUACAAUGCUAAAAUUGAAGAUUCACUGGUGAUUUUGUACCGAAUUGUCAACUUCAGAACACUAUAAUGUCCAAAUGACGUAAUAUUAAUUAAUGGUGUAUAUGUCGACUACUAAAGCUAUGAUAAUGUUGUUAUAGAUGCUCGAAGGGUAUUCGGCGACAAAUCAAUAUCAACUGGAUUUUCAUGCAAACUGUUCUUUAAUGUAAAUUCACAGAUGAUUUUUGUACCAAAUUCACCCCCAUGAAACUCCUUUUCCGCCGUAAGCAAAAAAUCUCGCUGUACCUGUUAAAAGAUCUCGCCGUACCUUUUCGCCGCACGUAAUAGCCGAUAUACCGCUCGGUCACAGGGCAUAUACUCACACGAAAGUCGCAUCUAAAUACCCUGUACUGCAACGAUACACGGUCUCAUAUAGCCUAUGCUCUAGGAAACAUUCCUUGCCACCUCUCUACCCAGUGGCGUUGUACAAUUCGCGACCAAUCUUGAAAACUGCAAACUGUGGAGAGAAGCGGUCUGCAUGCGCAGAGAAGCAGAGAUCCCGCGUAACCAGUGACAAUCGUCUGUGGUGAUAAACUUGAUUUGUACCCGUAGCACGCAGAGAGAAUUGCUGUCAACGUUGACGGUUGAUGAAACGUCAAGUCAACUUAAACUUAAACGGUCGUACAAGAACAAACGGCGACAACUGUUGUAAGUUAAUUAUAAUAAGAAAUAGCAGGUAUUAAACAGCAGUCUGGGCGACUGUCUCUGUUCAGGAUGA